AUGGGUCAUUUUUCACGUCGCGAGGAGGUCGAAACAACGAAGCUGGCGGUACGUACGGAAGCUAAAAGCUCGAGAACGGUGCGAUUUGGCAACCCGGAGAAAGGGGUGGAGAACGCGCGGGAGGACCAUCGUAUUCAUCAUCUUAUGCGUCUAGAUUCUAGGUUGAAGCGGACUGCGGAAGCGUUACAAGGGCUUUCAAACGGUGAGUGGCGGCCUAUCCUCGGCACAAGCCAACGAUCGGUUCCUCAGGCAGCUUUGGCACGGGAAUUUCUGAAUGUUGCUACGAUUUUGGAUGCAUGCAGAGUGACGGGGCUGCAAAACGCGCGGCUCAUGUCACAAUCGACGAGACAGAAGUAUUUGCAGCGGUAA